AUGGAGUCAGUUGUGAGUACAACCGCUAACCGGCGACCCACCGAAACGAUGAAGUUUAAUUUUUGCUACGCCAUUCUGCUGGUUCUUAUCGGGGUUAUUACCCUGACGCGUGCGGAUCCUAUCGGUGGGUGGCGUGUCAGGCGACAGAACAUGGAGCAGCUUAAACCGUGGAUGGAAUGGGGAUCCAAGUAUGGACAAAUCAUGGGCACGACGGUUAUUAUGCCAGCUGCUCAGGAAGCGGCAAGUAUUGCAUCUGCUGGAAGAGAGGGUGGCGGAGAAGGAGGUGGGGAAGGACAGAGCUAAGACACAUGGCUGACGGUGACCCCGGGCGUAGGUGAUGCUGAAGGGAAAGGUCUGAAGAGUUAACGAACUGCGAUUUGUGUACGAGUUGUAUUUUUAUCUGUGUAUUACUAGCAAAAUAUAAAUAUUCCGUAACAUUGGGAUGACUUAAA